UACAACCACCUUGAGUUACAACCAGACCUUGGGGACUGACCAAGGCUGUGAGUCAAGGUUGCACUAUGUUGAUUCUUAUUUUUGUGAAUCACUUUCUUCCCUGGUGAAGAAAGCCCUGCAGGAUGAAGGCCUGGAAGUGCCCAGCUGGGGAUGGUUUGGCGCCCGAGCCAGGAGCCAGGAGCCAGGAGCCGGAAGUCCGACUCCGUGCCCAGGGCGGAGGGGUGUUUCCCGCACAGACUGUUACCCCUGUUGGUUCCGCAUCAUCUUGGCUUCCGACCGACAGGGCUCAGGGAGUGAUCUGGGGGCAGGCAGAGAAACAAGCGGUGAUUCCUGCUGGCCACGGCGGUGCCACCUGCAGCAGGAGGUCCAGGCCUAGCGACCGCCAAGGUGCAGGCAUCUCAGCAGCCAGGAAGAGCGGACCCCAUGGCACACGGCCCAGGCCCGCAGGGUGCACAUCUGCCACGGGGUCUCUGUGUCCUUGCUGUGUGCUCCCCAGGCUGGCCCCGCUGAGCCCAAGGAGCAGCAGGCGGCUCAGGUGGUGCUGCUGGACAAGAUCGGGAGACAGGAGUUACUUCACGUGGUACUCAACGCAUCCCUUCAGUGCGCACUGGGACUUUCUCAGGCUGGGGGUGCCACUCGGAGCUGGAGGGGUAGCUCAGCGAGGCCUGCACAAGGCCCUGGGAUCGGCCCUCGGGCUUGGCCUCUGGGCUCCAUCCCCUCCGGCUCGUGCCCGUCUCCCUCCGCGCCUCCCUCCCUGGUCAGCCGCACACAGAGAUGAGGGCACGGAUGGAGGGCCCCGGGGGCCAGCUUUGCUCGACGGAGGCUUCCAGGAGUAUCUGCAGCCUGCUGUGUUGUCUAAUCGGCGCAUGUGCACAAAGCUGGCGCGGCCUAACUUCUGGCAAGUGUGGCUGGACUUGCGCUUCUUCCGGUCUGCGCAUGUGCAGAGAACAUCUAGGUGUGCGGAGGCUGUGGCGUUCCCGCCCCCGUUGAUCAUCUGGCCCUGGAAUCAGAAGACAGCGCUCCUUGAGGCAGAGCUUGGCUCAUCCUCGGGCGCCUCCCGCUGCCUCAGCAUCCUGGUACGCCAGGAGGAGGAAGCAGGAGCCCUGCUCUGUGACCAGCACUGA